CCCGGGGCGGUGCGGGUGGCGGGCCCCAGGCUCCGGAAGCGGGCGGUGCUGCGUGCGGAGCUGUUUCCUGCCCGGGACGCGGUAGAGCCGGAGAGGAGUAGAACGGAGCCGAGCGGAGCCAUGACUCACCAGACCGGCAUCCACGCCACCACGGAAUUAAAGGACUUUUUUGCCAAAGCCCGAAAUGGUUCAGUUCGGCUCAUCAAGGUUGUCAUUGAAGAUGAGCAGCUUGUGCUGGGAGCCCACAAAGAGCUGUCCCGGCGCUGGGAUGCUGACUACGAUGCCUUUGUGCUGCCCUUGCUUGACGAGCAGCAGCCGUGCUACGUGCUGUACCGUCUGGACAGCCAGAACGCCCAGGGCUACGAGUGGCUCUUCAUCUCCUGGUCCCCCGACAGCUCCCCGGUCCGGCUGAAGAUGCUCUAUGCUGCCACCAGAGCAACAGUGAAGAAGGAGUUUGGUGGGGGGCAUAUAAAGGACGAGAUGUUUGCAACGGUGAAGGAGGAUGUGUCCCUGAGCGGUUACCAAAAGCACGUGUCCUCCUGCUCCGCCCCAGCCCCGCUGACCGCAGCUGAGCAGGAGCUCCAGCAGAUACGCAUCAAUGAGGAUUCCUGUUCACAGGACUCGAGCACCGAGAUGAUGGUGGGGGGCUGUUGCUGCUGCCCAGCGCUGGUAGAGUAUCCCGGUCCCAAGGAGGUAAAGACAGAGAUCAGUGUGGAGAGCAAGCACCAGACCCUGCAGGGCCUGGCCUUUCCCUUGCAGUUGGAUGCUCAGCAAGCCAUCCAGGCGCUCAAGCAGAAGAAAAUCAACUACAUCCAGCUGAAGCUGGAUCUGGAGCGGGAGACCAUCGACCUGGUGCACACAAGCCCCACAGAGAUUGCUGACCUGCCCAAGAGGAUCCCCCAGGACUCUGCUCGCUACCAUUUCUUCCUGUACAAGCACUCACACGAGGGAGACUAUCUGGAGUCUGUGGUGUUUAUCUACUCCAUGCCUGGGUACAAAUGCAGCAUUAAGGAGCGCAUGCUGUACUCCAGCUGCAAGAGCCGGUUGCUGGACACAGUGGAGCAGGAGUUUUGCCUGGAGAUAGCCAAGAAGAUCGAGAUCGAUGAUGGAGCCGAGCUGACAGCGGAGUUCCUCUACGAGGAGGUGCACCCCAAACAGCAUGCCUUCAAGCAGGCCUUCGCCAAGCCCAAAGGGCCUGUGGGCAAACGGGGACAGAAGCGGCUGAUCAAGGGGCCAGGCGAGAACGGCGAGGACAGUUAGAUCCUGCAGGACUGGGCAGUGAAUGGACAGCAUCCCCGCAGCGCUUCCUGGCUUCCUCUCCGCUGACCUGGGGAUCUUUCCCUCCUUUUCAGCCUAUUUUUCCCUUCCCCCUUUUUUUUUUCCUAUUUCAUUCCUUUUUUUUCAAACAUCAGGAUGGCUUGUUGCACCUGUGGGUAGAGAGAUGGGGAUGGUUUGGGAUUGUCAGUUUUUCUUUUCCCUGUGUCCUUGUGCAAGCCCUGGGGCUGCCAGAGGAGGAUGGGAGCAGCAGGGUCAUGUACCCCAGACUUGCUCCUGUCCCCACCCGGGGUCACAGCUGCUGUUCUCAGUGUCCCCUGGGUGACUGAAGGACAUGCUUGCCUGCAAGCUGCUCUAUGCAAUGGGAAGGGGAUGGUGUUGGGGAUUCCUGUUUGAAAAGAGAAAAUGCUUCUUUCCCUGCUCCCCCAGCCCCCAGACUGUGCUCCCCUGUCCUGCUCUUCGUGUGCAUGGCCCCUCUGUGCCAGGCCUGGAGCAAUCCUGCCCCCUGCGUGGUGGGCUUUGCUGGCAGGAGUCUGUUCCUGAGGGGAGCCAGCUCAUGGGAGGCAGAAGGUCCCCCCCAGUCCUGAGAUCAUCUUGGCCCUGGAGUGAGGUCAGUCUGCCUUUGGGUGAGGUUUGCAUCCCCUUUUUGAACCCUCCCAAUAAGGCUUUUUCCCCUGGAGGGAGCUGUUACAGCCCUGACUCAGCCUUAUUGCUGUUCAAGAUGGGAGCUGAGGGGACCCUGAGCCCUAGUAGUGCCCCCUUCACCCCACGUGCCCUAGCCCCCACCAUCACCCCCCUGGUUUGUUGCCAGCUCUUUGGUCUGGGGCAGCCCCAUGUCCUAAAAUUCACAUGGGCUACCCAAAAAUCCUUGUGUGGGGAAGCAUAAUAGCCCCUCAUGCCUCCCUCCUGCUUCGGGGAUGUCCCCAGCCACCAGGGGCCAUCACCAGCUUCAAGGGCUGAGCUUGGUGCUGUGGAUUAGGCUUCACUGGGGGUUUGAGGGGGAGAGUGCCUUGCUGCUGGGUACCAGUGAGGGCUCGAGAGCCGCCCACCUCCCUGGGAAGAUGGAAGUGGGGUUGGUGAAACCUGCCUUCUGCUUUCCUGCUGCCCUGGCACCUGUGCUGAUGUUGCCUUGGCCUUGGCAGAGGGGGUGCAGGCAGUGGAGGGGCUGAAGCUGGGGAGGAACAGAGCACGCUGUACUGAACGCUGUAUUUUCUAAAGAAUAAAGUAUUUUUAAAACAGUC